AUGUGUGGGAUCUUCGGCUACGUCAACUACAAAGUCCCCCUUUCCGUUCGCCAGAUCGUCGAGACGCUGUUGUUGGGGCUGAAGAAGAUCGAAUACCGCGGCUACGACAGCGCGGGCCUUUGCCUGGACGCGAUCCCCCUCCCUUCCGACCACAACGCGGCGAAUGACGGGCCGACGCCGUUGGUGAUUCGCAGUGUCGGCAAUAUCGACGCCCUUCGCGCGAAAACCUUCGCCGAUCCCGCGCUUUCGCCGGCGCAUUUGGACGUUGUGGUGGAGCAUCACGUCGGGGUCGCCCACACGCGAUGGGCCACCCACGGCGAGGUCUGCGAGGCGAACUGCCACCCCCAACAAAGCAACGACGGCGCCUUCAGCGUCGUCCAUAACGGCAUGAUGACGAACCACCAGACGAUCAAAACGAUGAUCCUGCAGGAGAACGGCUAUACCUUCCGCAGUAAUACCGAUACCGAGGUCAUCGCGGUGCUCGCGGAGUACCUGUACACGGAAAAAGGGAUCCGCCGCUUCACUGAGCUGACCUUCCACCUCACCCAUUUUAUCGAGGGCGCCUACGCGUUGUUGAUCCGGAGCUCGCACUUCCCUGGCGAGUUAAUGGCCUGCCGGCGGGGCUCCCCUCUGGUGAUCGGCGUCCGCGAGCCCCUCGCGGAGGGCCGCCUGACGGAAAAACGCUGGGGCAUCAACGACGGCAAAAAGCCGGUGGAGAUCUUCUUCGCGUCGGACCCUCAUUCCUUCGCGGCCCACACGCGCCAUGUGGUUUACCUCGAGGAUGGCGAUAUCGCGCACUACCGGGACGGCGCGAUUGGCUUCUACAACCCCCCCACCACCGCGGCCCCGGCGCUGGAAAGCGAAGUCUCGCGGCGAAUCCACCAGCUGGACGGGGUGCUGGAGAGCCUGAGCAAAGGCGGCUUCGCGCACUUUAUGCUCAAGGAGAUCCACGAGCAGGCGGGGGCCGCCGAGCGGGCGAUGCGGGGGCGCGUCAACUUCGUCAGCGGGGCCUUCCACUUCGGCGGCUUCUCCGCCCCGCGGCUGCGCAGCCUGCGGGAGGCCCGCCGGGUGGUGUUGAUCGCCUGCGGGACGUCGAUGUUCAGCGCGAUGGCGGUGCGCCCGGUGUGGGAGGAGCUCGUGGCGACCCCGGUCGCGGUCGAGAACGCCUCGGACUUCGUCGAUCGCGGCGCGCGGGUCGGGCGGCUCGACGCCUGCGUGUUUAUCUCGCAAUCGGGCGAGACCGCGGACGUCCUGCGGGCCUUGGAGGGCUGUCGGGAGGCCGGGGCGGUUUGCGUGGGCAUCACCAACGUCGUCGGCUCGAGCGUGAGCCGGAUGACGGACUUCGGGGUCCAUUUGAACGCCGGGACGGAGGUCGGGGUGGCGUCGACCAAGGCCUACACCUCGCAGGUGGUCGUGCUCAGCCUGAUCGCGCUGCUGCUCUCGCAGGACUCGCGCGCGCUCAAGGGCCGGCGGGAGGCGAUCCUGCAAGGCCUCUCGGAGCUCCCCGCGAAGAUCACCCAGACCCUCCACGACGUCGAAACCCCCAUCCAGGAGGUGGCGAGGCAGCUCCAGAACGAGUCCUCCCUCCUGGUGCUCGGCAGGGGCUACGACUACGCCACCGUGAUGGAGGCGGCGCUGAAGUUGAAGGAAACCACUUAUAUCCACGCCGAGGGCAUCAGCUUUGGCGAGCUCAAACACGGAUCCCUCGCCUUGGUCGACCCCGCGAUGCGAAUCCUGGCGAUCUGCUCGGACGACAAGCACGCCGAGAAGUGCAAGUCGGCCAUUCAGCAGGUCAGCGCGCGCGAGGGGCGGAUUAUACUCAUCACAAAUUACUCGGACCCCGAGUUAACGACGGCCUGUGAGAAGUUGAUCCUCGUCCCGAAGAUUGUGGAUUGCCUUCAGUGUAUUCUUAACGUGAUCCCUUUUCAGUUAUUGGCCUACCACACCGCGGUGCUUCGCGGAAAUAACGUCGACUGCCCGAGAAACUUGGCGAAAUGCGUCACCGUCGAAUAA